AUGGAACGCACCGAGACGAGAGCAUCGAAAAUGAGUUCUCGCAAGUCAUCGGCACCCAAAAGUGCUGACCUGUCACCGACACCAUCGGCGGUAGUGCCAGCAUCCCGCCGAUCGCACCGGAAACCAUCGAGAAAAGACACGGCCGAUGUGAAACCGGUGGAGCUCACACAAACAACGCUCAACCUGUGUCAGGUGUACGUACUGUUGGCGGUGCUGCUGAUCGGCAUGUUCGUACUAUCUGCAGCGCUGCUCGCGUACGUCGACCGACGGUUGCCACCGAUGGAUGCAGGACGUGCGUCACCGUCGCUGGAGGAAGAAGUUCAGCGCCAGGUCGAAACGAUCCUGAGCAACUACUGGAAGAGUAACAUCGAUAAAUUGAGCGCGGAUCUGCUGGCGCACACGAGACGUAUCGCGCCAGAACUUAGCACUUCAUUGCCUUACUUAGUAGCGAAUCAGAGAGUACAAAACGAACGGAAGCUACCGUACCGGGAAACGCCCGGCCGCCCGAAGCGCGAUCUAAGCCUGUUCGACGAUAAUCUGGUCCCGGAUCAGGAGGGCCCGAACGUGGAGUUCUUCAAUCCGAAGCUGCGAUCGGAGCUGGAGAAGAAGGAUGCGGAGAUUAUAAAGAAGACGGGCCUGAAAGGUGCCGCACCCGGCGGUGAUCGUUGGGUUUGGCUGACGAGCUACUCUCGCAUUCCGUUCGACGCCAUUACCGGCUUUUGCCGUGCGACAAAAGAGUAUUGUCCACCGGGACCACCCGGACUGCCCGGUAUACCAGGACCGAAAGGUAAUCGGGGCGACCCGGGACUUCCAGGUCCCCCUGGUGUGGACGGACGCGAAGGCAAACCUGGCCCGCGUGGACCGAAAGGUGAGAUCGGCUAUCCCGGUAAUCCGGGACUGGACGGGCGUGAUGGGGUGCCGGGUGAACCGGGCCUGGACGGUGUACCGGGCCGGGCCGGUGCCGAUGGAAUUCCGGGUAAGGAUGGUAAAGAUGGAAUUCCAGGCAUUGAUGGACGUAACGGUAUCGAUGGCAAAGAUGGAUUAGCAGGACCGAUAGGACCACCGGGACCGCCAGGACUGCCCGGACCGAGAGGAAUACACGGACCUAAGGGCAAACAGGGUCGCCCGGGAACGAACGGAACGCCCGGCACACCCGGCAUAAACGCAUGGAAGGUGAAGGUGAACGAUACGUUCUCGAACGAGCUGCUCGUACCGCCAUCGAUUGCGGGGGCCGGCACCGUGGAGGCACUGCGACCCAUCAUCGUCCACGAGGGUACACACCUGCGGCUACGAUGUGCCGCCACCGGGACACCAAGACCACACGUCGAAUGGCGCCGUGCCGAUGGCAAAACCAUCUCCAACGGGGCCUGGGAAGCAACAUCGAUGGCAGGACACACGCUCAACAUUACCAAAAUCAAUCGCGUGCACAUGGGCGCGUACCAAUGCCUGGCGGACAAUGGUAUCUCACCACCGGCGAACCAGACGUUCAACAUCGAAGUGCAUUUUCCACCGCUAAUACGCGUGAGAAAUCAAAUGGCGUACGCGGUGAACGGUUCCACGGUAACGUUUGUCUGCGAGAUCGAGGCGUUCCCCGAGGCACUGAAGUACUGGGAACGGUUCCCGGGAGGACGGCUGCUCGAACCCGGUGAUAAAUUCCAGAUGGAAACCCAUUACGACGGCUACAAAUCGGUUAUGCGGUUGAACAUCACCAACAUCCGGUCAUCCGAUUUCGGGGAGUAUCAUUGCGUGGCUAAGAACGAGCUCGGCAUGACGGAGGCCGAAUUUCAUCUGAUGGAACAUUCGCCGUUCAUCAUCCGGCCACCGGGUUCAACCGACAUCAAUGUGUACGGUACGAAACCGCCGGAAAAGGAAUCGUACGAGGACAUCUGUGGCCCACCGACCACCUGCCCCGAGUGUCCGGAUCCGAGGGACUUCAAAUGCAAGGACACGAUCGUAUCGCUGUACGACUUGGUGGGCAAUCUGGAAAUCAAACCCAUCGGAAAUGUCAGCUUCACGGGUUUGCCAAACCGGACGACGGACUGUGUACUAUACGCGGUGGGUAAACCGGUGUACCACAAGUACACCGAGCAGCUGUAUGGCGCAUGGUUGAAGGACCCAGCCGCACGUAACGAUGCGAUGGAGAAGAAGGUGUGGGCCACCAGGGAAAACGACACCAAUCGGUUGUUCGAGUUCGCCAACAAAACCACGUACCGGAACAACGUGGCUACCAAGACGUACCGGCUGGAGCGUCCCUUCCGGGGUAAUGCACACGUGGUUUACAAUGGUUCAUUCUACUACAACGAGCGUAACUCACCGCGCAUCAUCAAGUACGAUCUGAAUGUGGAACGGCAGACCGCAAUGAACGAGCUGGAAGGCGUUACGACGAACGGUUCCAAUUAUCUUUAUACCACCGAAAUUAAUUACAUGGACUUCAACGUGGACGAUAAUGGGCUGUGGGUCAUUUACGGAACGCCAGAUUCGAACAACACAAUGGUUGUCAAGCUCAACGAGAACAACCUCACGGUACAGUACGGUUGGAACAUUAGCGUAAAUCAUCACAAGGUGGGCGAAAUGUUCAUCGUUUGCGGUGUUCUGUACGCGAUCGAUUCCGUCACCGAGCGGAACACCAAGAUACGGCUCGCGCUCGACCUGUACCACAGCAAGCUGCUGGACGUAAGCCUAGCCUUCACGAACCCGUUCCGCAAGACCACCACCGUGGGGUACAAUUUCAAAAACAAGGAACUGUACACAUGGGACCGGGGCAAUCAGUUGACCUAUCCGAUACGGUACCACGAGAUAGGCUACAAUACGACGGCCACCGAGAAAGCGGACGAUGGUUUGAAUCCACAGAUGCAGACCGGAUACGACAUUUACAACGAUCACGACGCUGAAGCGGAGGAAGUACGCUAG